UGUUUGACGGCUCGGGCAGAAUCGAAGCUUGUCCACGGGCUAGACUGCCAUGGGUCGCAUCUAUGUAGAGCCCUACUAUUAUUGGCGGAAAACUUUGCCAACCACGACUGGUCAGAAACCUGUUUGAAGGGUCUGGACCACGACGCCGAUCACCGCCAUGCGUGGGGUAAACCCCCCCUGAUAUCGAUCGAUCUUGCGCUUCAAGUUUUUGCCAAAGACGGAAAGCACCUAUUCACACAUAUAGACCUUCGUGGCAAUAGGUGUCCGCAUCCCGGAUCUCUACACCGGUCGAUCAAGCCAUGUACGAUCCCGGCAUAAAGGCCCAUCAGGUUAGCGGGUGUACUUUUGAUCUCACGGGCAGAUACGAGAAGCCACAGCUGGUGGGAAUGGGAACACAUAGCGUCGUGUGUGCCUGUACUGAUAUCCUGACCAAGGAGGGCGUAGCAAUCAAGAAAAUCUCUAAACCCUUCAACUCCAAAAUCGAUGCCAAACAGACUGUGAGGGAGGUGAAACUUCUCAGACAUCUUUCACACGAAAAUGUAAUAUCAUUGCGUGACAUCUUUGUCUCGCCUCUAGAUGAUAUAUACAUUGUCACUGAGCUUCUGUCCACCGACCUCGCGCAAAUCAUCCGGUCCAGACCGAUGGAAAAUCAGUUUGUCCAGUACUUCUUUUAUCAGAUCAUGCGUGCCUUGAAAUAUAUUCACUCUGCCGGCGUGGUCCAUCGGGACCUCAAACCGAGCAACAUCUUGAUAGAUGAAAACUGUGAUCUCAAAAUUUGCGAUUUCGGCUUGGCACGAACUGUCGAUCCAAGGAUGACGGGCUAUGUCACAACUCGAUUUUACCGGGCCCCCGAGACGAUGCUCACUUGGCAAAAGUAUAAUGUUGAGGUCGACAUGUGGAGUGCUGGGUGUAUCUUAGCAGAGAUGAUUGAAGGGUCGCCUCUGUUUCCGGGACGUAAUCACACGGACCAGUUCCUGGUUAUUUCCGAUCUUCUGGGCUCGAUUCCCCAUGAUGUGAUCAAGGCUAUAUGCUCGAAAAGCACAUCUGAGUAUAUUUCUGGGCUACCUGAACGGGUGAAGAUACCUUUUGCGAAGAAAAUCAAGAAGGCCUUUCCAGAAGCUCUCGACAUAUUGGGAAAGCUACUGGUGUGGGAUCCAAAGAAACGAAUAACAGCCGAAGCCGCUUUGUCCCACCCAUAUCUGAGUCCAUAUCACUAUCCAAGCGACGAACCUGUAGCAGACCAAUCAUUUGAUUGGUCAAUUAUAGACGCAGAUCACCCUCUUGACACAUGGAAGAGCCUUGUAUAUUUUGAGAUUUUGGACCACUUUGGCGGCGCCCUUGCUACUGAACCGAGUCCUGAAUCGAGUCCAAGGUGAAGCGAAUCCUAAAGCUAAAAAGAUACACGAAGUUGAGCUUGAAGAUUAAGAGACGGCAUGUAUCACCUGCUCUUUGGUGACUCUGCGAUCCGCCCAAGUAUAUGGAAAGGGCGAUGUUAAUUUCGAUAUAUCAUAUAUCCA